AUGGCGCUGGAAUUGGAUUCGAGCGUGCACUGGCGGUUACGGCUGGUGGUGUCCGCCGUCGUAUUGGUCCUGGAGGUGGUGGUGUUCCCGUUGAUGUUCGAAUGCGCUCAGGGUACGGCGAUACACGAGCUGAAUGUGGCGAUGCACGCGUGCGAGCGCCAUUCCGCGCACCAUUCGCCGGCGAAGUGUCAGCUGAUCGAAAGCCUCUUGCGACCCCAAGCGACACGUGAGACUGAGGAUCCAUUGCCGUGCUGA